GUUAUGCAGCGACUGCAACAGUUUAAAUAUAACCAAUGCGUCCCAAUUUCUGCCUUCGAACAUAAUAGGCAAGAGUCCUAUAUUUAGGCCUUUUCUAGGGCACAAUAAACAAGCCGUUCAUAUAAAACCGGUUUGCAAGGUACAUUUUAGUUAGUGUAUUUACAGGCGCCUGUAAGCUGGUCAAAGGAAAAAGACUACUCACAAUGUGGCUGUAUCUGGUUGCUGUUAUCGUCAUCCUGAUAUCAGUAUGGCUGUGGCAGAGGAUAGACAGUUACCGUGUGUUCAAGAAGAUGGGAAUCAACGGUCCUCCGCCAAACCUCAUAUUUGGAAAUUUCAGACAGAUAAUGUCCCAGCCAGUUUGGAUGGCAUACAGAAAUUGGGAACAGCUCUAUGGAAAAACGUUUGGGGUCUUCUUUCUCAAUUCUCCCAGUAUAGUGACCUCAGAUGUCGAUUUUCUGCAAGAAGUCUUUGUCAAACAGUUCAGUAAAUUUCACCAAAGAGCAAUUCCUAAUUCAAUAGACACGGAAGAUGAAGAAACACAGAUGGUUUUCGCGAAAGGAAAACGAUGGAAGCGCUUACGUGUAAUAAUCAACCCGACCUUCUCUUCCCUUAAAAUGAAACAAAUGGCGCCACUGAUCCAGGAGUCGGUGAACAGUUUCAUAGUGUCGAUGGAGAAGCGUUGCCAGGAAGAAAAACCGUUCAAUAUCCACGGUGACUUCCAAGGCCUCACUACGGAAGUCAUCGCUUCGUGUGGCUUUGGUCUCGAGAUUAACUCAGUGCGAGAUAACACGUCACCAUUUCUGGCAGCAUGUCGUAAAGUGUUCAGCACGUCACUGGUGAUGAUGUGGCCAAUGUUUAUUUCCGAUCUUUUUCCAUCUUUGACCGGUCUAGCCAAGGUGUGGAACAAAUAUCUGAUGAGAAAGACGAGGCAUGACAUAGGCGUACUUGCCAGCGCUGCCAUACAGUCUAGAUUAAAUGAUCCAAAAUCUCGACGCGUGGAUUUCCUACAGCUUAUGUUGGACGCCAAAACUGACAAUCUGGACUCGACUGUACCCCAGGCGAUGACGGACAGUGACGUAAUAUCAACACAAAAGGGAGAGGAAACGGGUCAGCAGAACGACUCUUCGUCAUCUCAAAGAAGAGUUACACAAAAGGCCAAACUCACAGAAAAGGAGAUCCAAACGCAGUGCUCGUCGUUUCUGUUGGCUGGAUAUGAAACCACCAGCACUGCCCUGGCCUACGCCGCCUACCACCUAGCAACGAGUCCAGAGGCACAGAAAGCUCUCCAGGAGGAGGUAGACCAAUACUGCAUUGGAGAGGGUCCUCCAUCGUAUGAGACCAUAAGUAAGAUGCAGUAUUUAGACAUGUUCCUCAAGGAAUCGCUACGACUACACCCUGUCGCUCCAGUUGGGACAGGGAGAACAGCCCAGGAAUCAUGCACAGUGAUGGGUGUUCAUAUUCCCAAAGGUAUGAGUGUCCGCUGUAACAUAUACAGUAUCCACAUGGAUCCCGAGCACUGGGGACCCCCAGACCCCAGCCUCUUCUGUCCUGAACGGUUCACGGCAGAGAGGAUUGCUAAGCGUCACCCUAUGGCCUGGCUUCCAUUUGGGGCAGGCCCCAGAAACUGCAUUGGUAUGAGGUUCGCCCUGAUGGAGGCCAAGAUGACCUUGGCGUGUCUCGUGAAGAAGUUCAGCGUUGAGAGCUGUUCAGAGACGCAGAUCCCACUGGUUCACGUAGCCAAGAGCACAGUGCAGCCAGAGAAAGGUGUCACCGUGCGUCUUACAAGGCGGAAUGUAGUGGUCAAUAAUACUGAAUAAUAGACAUUAACUGAACGUAUUCACAAAGUUCCAUAGCUUGUGUCAUAAUUGCCAAUGACUAAUCUAUCAGCAAGACUUUGCUCACACACUUUUUCAAUUUAAUCAACAUACUUUUUACAGAGAUAUUGUUUUACAAUACAAGUUUUAAAACAUAUAAUGGCCAGCGUAACGCAUGCUAUAGAUGAGAUGUCGAUAUAUAUAAUAUGUUGAUGGUCUGCGUAACGCCAGCUAUAGAUCAGAUUUCGGUAUAUAUAAUACACCAAUCUACAGUGAUGAGUGUAACUAAAAUGCUUUCUUUUAAUCAUAUGAAAGUUGAUUUAUUGUAUUUCAUGUAUUGUAUAUUGGGAAUUUUUGUAUUUCAGGUAGUGUAUAUAUAUAAUUAUAGUAUUUUAUGUAAUGUUUGGAGAUAAUAAUCUGGAUAUGAACGUAUCAGACAUUCAUACUCACAUGAACGUCAAGGGAUUUGAGAGAAAUAUUGCAACUCGGUACUCGGAACUGUCAGUGAAAAAAGGCCACUCCUCCUGCCCCCCUAUAGAAGAUCGGAAAUACAUCUGUGGUACCGGUGAAAUCCAAACAUUUUUGUGCUUUUAUUGUAUGACAAUCUGUAUACCCAAGGAAUAUCCUGCGUUAGAUUUUAGAGAGGCGGAACUACGCACGACGUGCGUCAUUAUAAAUAUGCUGUAAACUGUUUGUUUACCUAGCUUGUAGCUAGCUUCGUCGGGUAGAUAAUCAGUUGAAGUUCCGUUUUGGGGAAUAUCGCCAUGUUCAAAACAAGACCCUGCUAUUUUUGCAUCCAAAGAAAGCUGGAAAAGCAAAAUAAAUGAUUUCUGCAGAGUCAUUCGAAGAG